GGCGCAGAGGGAUCUUCCGGCGCCCGUUCGUCUCUGCCCGGCUUCCCCGUGGGGAUGCUGCGGCUGGGCUGCUGGCUGAGGCCGCUAGUGUCGGGGCGCGGGCUCCGAGCCUUUGCCCGGCUCUCCUUAAGCGCCGAGAUGCCCAAGAAAGCCGGUGCGACGAACAAGGGUAAGAGCCAGAGCAAGGAGCCAGAGAGACCACUUCCUCCCUUAGGUCCUGUGGCAGUUGAUCCUAAAGGUUGUGUCACCAUAGCCAUCCAUGCCAAACCCGGGUCCAAACAAAACGCUGUCACAGACGUGACAGCGGAAGCGGUGAGCGUGGCCAUAGCAGCCCCCCCGUCGGAAGGAGAGGCUAAUGCCGAGCUCUGUCGGUACCUUUCCAAGGUCUUGGAGCUCAGGAAGAGUGACGUGGUUUUGGAUAAGGGCGGUAAAUCUCGUGAAAAAGUGGUGAAGCUGUUAGCGUCCACAACGGCAGAGGAGAUCUUGGAGAAAUUAAAGCAGCAAGUUGAAAAACAAUAAAAGCAAGUUAUGAGAAGUACAUCCUUGAGAAGCGCUUUAAUUGCUAUUCGUGAAGAGGCUGUUCAGUAGGAAAAUAUACCUCAGUGCACUGAAGAACAUGAAAAAAAAAUUUAAGAACAGGACUCAGAAGAGAAGUAGGAAUUUUAAAAGUGCUGUAUGUUCAGUGUAGGUUCUGACGUCCAAAGAGUUUGGAACACAUCAGUCCGAUUUCAUCGCAUUACACAAUGACAGAGCUGGAAGACACCUUCAGGAUGACCUGUCACCCCUCUGAUCCCGUGAUGGGGCUUCCACUCUCCAGAAGUUCAGAGACUUGUUCGGGAUCACACCAUGAGGUGUGGCAGCCAGAACUACGGUCCCUUGACUCCUGGCCACAUUUUAUGCCAAUCGUAAAUGAACAGGUUUCCACAGCACCUCUAGGGUUCUGAGGAUUGCCUUGUCUGGAGUUUACAAGUGACAGAAAAAAACCUGUCAUACUGCUUGUGGUCUGUCUUUAUAUUUUAAAAGGCUUAUCUACAUACAAAAAUGCCUUUUUUGUCUUUUGAAAACUGUGGAGUGAAAAACUAAGAGUUAUCAGGACUUGUAAUUUACUAUUAAUUAUUUUGGGGAAGUCACUGAAUUUUUGUCCUCAUUGGAGGGUGUAGUCUUCAAAUCUGGUAGUUCCUGUGAAUCUCCAAAGAGCCUUAAAAGAAGAGGGCCUGGAAGCUACUUUCCAUAUCUGUAAAAGCCCAUCAGGAAUCUCUCCUACAUUAAAGCUUCAAAAGCUAGUAAUAAAUGCCUUGUUUUUAAAUA